GAGAACUCCCUUCAUCCUUGAAGAGUUGUGCGAGAUUAAAUACUCUUGAUCUUGGACAGAAUAGAUUCACUGGUAAAAUACCUACUUGGAUAGAAGAAAGUUUGUUGUCUUUGAAGUUCCUUCGCUUACGAUCAAACAAGCUUGUUGGAAAUAUUCCUCCUAAUCUAUCAAGACUAAAGGCUCUUCAAAUCCUGGAUCUGGCUAGUAAUAAUUUAUCAGGAACCAUCCCUUCUAGCUUUGGAAACUUUACUGCCAUGAAAGUGUCGGAGGAGAUGAAUGGAACCAUUUUAAAAAAUUAUACUUAUUACAAUGAAAACAUGCAAGUGAUAAUAAAAGGAAUAUACAUUGAGUAUGCCAUAUUGCUUCCACUUGGGAUCGUUAUGAACCUUUCAAAUAAUAACUUAUCUGGAAUGAUACCAGAAGAGCUGACCAGCCUUUUUGCACUCGUGAGCUUAAAUUUGUCUGAAAAUCAUCUGACAGGAGAGAUCACAGAAAAGAUUGGUGCAUUGCAACAGUUGGAGUCACUUGACUUGUCAAAAAACAAUCUUUUCGGUGGAAUUCCUUCAAGCAUCAUUGGUCUAACUUUUUUGAGUGACUUGAAUUUGUCAUAUAACAACUUAUCAGGAAGAGUUCCAAUAGGUAAUCAGCUUCAAACCUUCAUUGAUCCAUCUAUUUAUAUUGGUAAUCCUGAUCUUUGCGGGUUCCCAUUAAGUCAAAAGUGCAAAGAUGACAAGACAAACCAAGGUCUAAAUGCAGUUGGAGGGGAUGAACAAAAUGAUAACACCAUGGACGAAGAAGGAUCUGAAAUGAAGUGGUUGUAUAUGAGCAUGGGGCCAGGAUUCGCU